CUCAACUCCGCGCCGGCCAUCCUCCCGCCAUGAGCCCUUCUCCAAACAUACACGCCUCUCGUAGCCUUGUCAACAUCAGUAACGCUUUCCUUGCUUGAGUAAAACUUACGCGCUUCCGCUUCGCCGUGAUGUGUAUAUAUAUCUAUGUGCCCAUGAGUGUUGCUCUCACUCGUGCUGUUGUGUAAAUCCCGCCCGCCAGCACAAACUUCAAACACCUGGCAGCCUGAUCGGGAGAACUUGAUCAUCGAACAUGCCGUGGAACCGGUGGUACUACCCAGCAGGGAGCCUGAGCCAGAGCGACAAAGACACCAUCGCCAAAGGCAUCACGGACAUCUAUGCGGAGCGCUACCCGCGCCAUUCAACGUUGGUCGUCUUCAUCGAAAUCCCCGCCGACUCCUUCUACCGCGGCGGCGAACGGACGAAAGGCUUCCACCGCAUCACAUUGCAGCACAUGUCGGGGUCGUACAACGUCAAGGAGCUGGAGAACGACGCUCGCAUGCGUUUCCGCGGCGUAUGGAAGCCAUUUGUGGAAGAUCGUGGGCAUGCAUAUGAGUUGCAGAUUGAGGAGAUUCCGUCGCCGCAGAUCUCAUUCGACAACUACAUCAGCCACCACAUUCUGGCGGAGCCGUUGUACGAGGAGAUGUGUAAGAAGGACGAGAUCUUCAAGGUAAAGCUCGUCCCGGAGUGAGCAGACGCAGAUGUCAAACGGCUCCGAUACGUCGGAAUAUCGAUGAACAGUCAUCCGGAAGCAUUCGGAGCCAGGCGGAGUUGUAAGGCGGAGUU